AAUUAGCAAAGCACUAUUGUGUCGGUUCGAGGCUCCUUUUCACUUUUUCCCCACGUUUUCUUCUACUCGCGACCGCACCAGCAUGAGGUCCAAAAACUGCCGCUAAUCAGCUACGAUCCUCACAUGGCCUCCUCUUCACCCUGCAAUCUAACUUCCUCUAACUCUAAAACCAUCAUCUGACAUCUCUCUCCAAAAGCUUUUUUUUUUUUUGCCUUUUCACGUUCGUAAGGAUGACAAAGAACACAACCAAACAAGACUUGGAUUUCUCCAAGAAAUCCAACCUUGUUGAACCCUUCACUUUGGUUUCUUGUCUCUUCAUUGCCUGCUUCGUUUACUUAAACCACCGGGCUCUCUUCUUCCAUGGAUUCCCUUGGUUUAAACUCAGUUAUGCUGCAACAUCACCGGCAUCAGAUGUAGAUCAACGACUUGGGUUUUUGGAUAAGUGUGAUGUUUAUGAUGGGAGAUGGGUUUGGGACGAGAACUAUCCCCUGUAUCAGAGUCAACAUUGCCCUUUCAUUGAUAGCGGUUUCCGUUGUUUGGAGAAUGGUAGACCUGAUGGUUUCUACACGAAGUGGCGUUGGCAACCCAAAGCCUGCAAUUUGCCCAGAUUUAAUGCAACGAAGAUGCUGGAAAAGCUAAGGAACCGGCGCAUUGCAUUUGUAGGUGACUCAAUCGGGAGGAACCAAUGGGAGUCCUUGCUCUGCAUGCUUAGCUCUGCAAUUCCUAACAAGGAUUCAAUAUACGAGGUGAACGGAAGCCCCAUCACAAAGCACAAAGGGUUCUUGGUUUUCAGGUUUGCCGACUAUAACUGCACGGUUGAAUAUUACAGAGUUCCAUUUCUAGUGGCUCAUGGGAGUCCUCCAAGAGGAGCUCCAGAGGCUGUUAAGAUGACUCUGAGACUGGACCUUAUGGACCGGACUUGGCACCGAUGGGUUGGUGCAGAUGUGCUGGUUUUCAACACUGGUCACUGGUGGAGCCAUCACAAGACCACGAACCGUGGCUGCUAUUUCCAAGAAGGAAUGGAGGUGAUCUUAAACAUGAACACUACAAUCACAUCAAGUUACAUGACUUUGCCUCGUAUCAUGACAAAAUUGAAAAAUAUGUUGAGAUACUGA